AUAAAUCGGGCGCGGGGCUUGUUUUCACAGAGGCCCAGGACCGUUGGUGCAGUGGAGGAGGGUCAGGGCGGUGAGUAUAUAAAUCGGGCGCGGGGCUUGUUUUCACAGAGGCCCAGGACCGUUGGAGAGCAGUGGAGGAGGGUCAGGGCAGUGAGUAUAUAAAUCGGGCGCGGGGCUUGUUUUCACAGAGGCCCAGGACAGUUGGAGAGCAGUGGAGGAGGGUCAGGGCGGUGAGUAUAUAAAUCGGGCGCGGGGCUUGUUUUCACAGAGGCCCAGGACCGUUGGUGAGCAGUAGAGGAGGGUCAGGGCUUACCAGAAUCCGUAACGUUCCACACUCCAUAGUGAGGGUUCUGGUGGAAGCCGCUGAUUGGUGGAAGCAGACUAGAGGAAGCAGCUGAUUGGGUGCAACAUCAGGUUAGCAUUUGUGCUUUCUGGUUAAAGGGGCAGUGCUUUAGUUAAGGUACAGUGGGCUAAAGGUACAGUGCUUUAGUUAAGGUACAGUGGGUUAAAGGUGCAGUUCUUUAGUAAAGGUACAGUGAGCCAAGGGUACAGUGGGCUAAAGGUACAGUGCUUUUUGUUUAUAUAAUAAAGGUGCAGUUUAAAGGUCACGAGGGAGCAGCUGUUGUGAGUCAGAUACCUGCUGAUUUCUCCCAGCAGUUUCUAUUGUGUUAUACUGGUAUCAGAUCCAGGGUAAGGCGGGAGAAUGACAGUCAGAGCAGUAUACUGUUCUGGAUGUCAGAUGUGGGAGGCCAUGGUGUCGGAUGGCCCUCCAGACGUCCACAUCUGCACCAGGUGCAGCGAGAUGGGGCUCCUAAGGGACCGUAUUAGGAUCCUGGAGCAGCAGCUCGAUGACCUCGCUCUGAUCAGGGAGAGUGAGGAGGUCAUAGAGGGGAGUUAUAGAGAGGUGGUCACUCCAAAACCACGGGAGAGAGACAUGUGGGUCACGUUAAGGAAGGGCAAGGGGCAGAGGCAGGAACGAGUGAGUACUCCAAUGUCGGUACACCUCGCAAAUAAGUACUCCUGUUUGAGUACGGAUGGGGGUGACAGCCUACCCGGGGGUAGUGACAGCAGACGGGCCUCCAGCACAGAGACCGGCCCUGUUGCUCCAAAAGGUAGGGGAAAAAAAGAGGGCAAUAGUAAUUGGGGACUCUAUUGUUAGGGGGUCGGAUAGGCGAUUCUGUGGACGCAGUCGGGAGACCAGGAUGGUGGUCUGCCUCCCUGGUGCCAAGGUCUCGGACGUGUCUCAACGCAUCCAAGAUAUCCUUAAAUCAGAGGGAGAGGAGCCUGAGGUCGUGGUACAUAUAGGUACCAAUGACAUAGGAAAAAAAAGGGAAGAGGUCCUGAAGGGAGGAUUUAGGGAGUUGGGAGGAGAGUUAAGAAAAAGGACCAAAAAGGUAACAAUCUCAGGAUUACUGCCUGUGCCACGCGACAGUGAGAGUAGGAAUGGAGCGAGGUGGAGGAUAAAUGUGUGGCUGAAAGACUGGUGCAGAGGGCAGGGAUUCAAGUUCCUGGAUCAUUGGGACUUCUUUUGGGGAAGGUGGGACCUAUACAGAAAGGAUGGGUUGCACUUGAACCCGAGGGGGACCAAUAUCCUAGCGGGGAAAUUUGCAAAGGCAGCUGGGGAGACUUUAAACUAGAAUGGUUGGGGCGAGGGACUCAAAUAGCGAAAGGUAGUAGACAGAAUGGGAGGCAGGAAGCAGAAAUGGGAAGCACUCGGACACAAGAGGAGAAAGAAAAAAAAGGAAAUAAACAGAGAAUAAGAGACGGGGGUUUUCUUAAAUGUGCAUAUUUUAAUGCUAGGAGCAUUGUAAGAAAGGUUGAUGAGCUUAGAGUCUGGAUAGACACCUGGAAGUAUGAUGUUGUGGCGAUCAGUGAAACAUGGUUGCAGGAGGGCUGUGAUUGGAAACUAAAUAUUCCAGGAUUUCGCUGCUUCAGGUGUGAAAGAAUUGGAGGGGCAAGAGGUGGAGGUGUUGCAUUGCUAGUCAGGGAAGAUAUUACAGCAGUGCUUUGGCAGGAUAGAUUGGAGGGCUCAUCUAGGGAGGCUAUUUGGGUGGAAUUGAGAAGUGGGAAAGGUGUAGCAACUCUUAUAGGGGUGUAUUAUAGACCGCCAAACGGGGAACGAGAAUUGGAAGAGCAAAUAUGUAAGGAGAUAGCAGAUAUUAGUAGUAAGCACAAGGUAGUGAUUGUGGGAGAUUUCAACUUUCCACACAUAGACUGGGAAACACAUUCUGUAAAUGGGCUGGAUGGGUUGGAGUUUGUAAAAUGUGUGCAGGAUAGUUUUUUGCAGCAAUACAUAGAGGUACCUACUAGAGGAGGGGCAGUGCUGGACCUCCUGUUAGGAAAUGAGAUGGGACAGGUGGCGGAGGUAUGCGUUGGGGAGCACUUCGGGUCCAGUGAUCACAAUACCAUUAGUUUCAAGAUAAUUAUGGAGAGGGUCAGAACUGGACCUAGGGUUGAGAUUUUUGAUUGGAGAAAGGCUAACUUUGAUGCGAUGCGAGAUGAUUUAAAAGGAGUGAACUGGGACAUUUUGUUUUAUGGGAAAGAUGUAGAAGAGAAAUGGAGGACAUUUAAAGGGGAAAUUUUAAGAGUACAGAAUCUUUAUGUUCCUGUUCGGUUGAAAGGAAACAGUAAAAAAUUGGAAAGAGCCCUGGUUUUCAAGGGAAAUUGGACAUCUUGUUCGGAAAAAGAGGGAGAUCUACAAUAAUUAUAGGCAGCAUGAAGUAAAUGAGGUGCUUGAGGAGUAUAAGGAAUGUAAAAAGAAUCUUAAGAAAGAAAUUAGAAAAGCUAAAAGAAGAUAUGAGGUUGCUUUGGCAAGUAAGGUGAAAGUCAAUCCAAAGGAUUUCUACAGCUAUAUUAAUAGCAAAAGGAUAACGAGGGAUAAAAUUGGUCCAUUGGAGAGACAGAGUGGACAGCUAUCUGCAGAGCCAAAAGAGAUGGGGGAGAUAUUGAACAAUUUUUUUUCUUCGGUAUUCACCAAGGAGAAGGAUAUUGAAUUAUGUGAGGUAAGGGAAACUAGUAGAGUAGCUAUGGAUACUAUGAGGUUCAAAGUAAAAGAAGUACUGACACUUUUGAAAAAUAUAAAAGUGGAUAAGUCUCCAGGUCCUGACAGGAUAUUCCCUAGGACAUUGAGGGAAGUUAGUGUAGAAAUAGCCGGGGCUAUGACAGAAAUAUUUCAAAUGUCAUUAGAAACGGGAAUAGUCCCCGAGGAUUGGCGUACUGCGCAUGUUGUUCCAUUGUUUAAAAAGGGUUCUAAGAGUAAACCUAGCAAUUAUAGACCUGUUAGUUUGACUUCAGUGGUGGGCAAAUUAAUGGAAAAGAUACUUAGAGACAAUAUAUAUAAGCAUCUAGAUAAACAGGGUCUGAUUAGGAACAGUCAACAUGGAUUUGUGCCUGGAAGGUCAUGUUUGACUAAUCUUCUUGAAUUUUUUGAAGAGGUUACUAGGGAAAUUGAUGAGGGUAAAGCAGUGGAUGUUGUCUAUAUGGACUUUAGUAAGGCCUUUGACAAGGUUCCUCAUGGAAGGUUGGUAAAAGGUUCAAUUGUUGGGUAUAAAUGCAGGAAUAGCAAGAUGGAUUCAACAGUGGCUGAAUGGGAGAAGCCAGAGGGUAAUGGUGGAUAGCUGUUUAUCGGGUUGGAGGCAGGUGACUAGUGGGGUGCCUCAGGGAUCUGUGUUGGGUCCUUUGUUGUUUGUCGUGUACAUCAAUGAUCUGGAUGAAGGUGUGGUAAAUUGGAUUAGUAAGUAUGCAGAUGAUACUAAGAUAGGGGGUGUUGUGGAUAAUGAAGAGGAUUUCCAAAGUCUACAGAGUGAUUUAGGCCAUUUGGAAAAAUGGGCUGAAAGAUGGCAGAUGGAGUUUAAUGCUGAUAAAUGUGAGGUGCUACACCUUGGCAGGACAAAUCAAAAUAGGACGUACAUGGUAAAUGGUAGGGAAUUGAAGAAUACAGUUGAACAGAGGGAUCUGGGUAUAACCGUGCAUAGUUCCUUGAAGGUGGAAUCUCAUAUAGAUAGGGUGGUAAAGAAAGCUUUUGGUAUGCUAGCCUUUAUAAAUCAGAGCAUUGAGUAUAGAAGCUGGGAUGUAAUGUUAAUAUUGUACAAGGCAUUGGUGAGACCAAAUCUGGAGUAUGGGGUACAAUUUUGGUCGCCAAAUUAUAGGAAGGAUGUCAACAAAAUAGAGAGAGUACAGAGGAGAUUUACUAGAAUGUUGCCUGGGUUUCAACAACUAAGUUACAGAGAUAGGUUGAAUAAGUUAGGUCUUUAUUCUCUGGAGCGCAGAAGGUUAAGGGGGGACCUGAUAGAGGUCUUUAAAAUGAUGAGAGGGAUAGACAGAGUUGAUGUGGACAAGCUUUUCCCUUUGAGAAUAGGGAAGAUUCAAACAAGGGGACAUGACUUCAGAAUUAAGGGACAGAAGUUUAGGGGUAAUAUGAGGGGGAACUUCUUUACGCAGAGAGUGGUGGCGGUGUGGAAUGAGCUCCCAGUGGAAGUGGUGGAGGCAGGUUCAUUGGUAUCAUUUAAAAAUAAAUUGGAUAGGCAUAUGGAUGAGAAGGGAAUGGAGGGUUAUGGUACGAGUGCAGGCAGGUGGGACUAAGGGGAAAAAAAAUUGUUCGGCAUGGACUUGUAGGGCCGAGAUGGCCUGUUUCCGUGCUGUAAUUGUUAUAUGGUUAUAUGUUAUAUGGUU